GCGGAGCGGCAGCAGCAGCGGCGGCGCUGAAGGAGCGUGCGAGGCAGAAAGUGUAGGCCGGGAGGCGGGCGCACGAUCGGUCGGUCGAACGGGACGGGGCGAAAAGCCAGGCAGGGAAAGGUCGCGGCGGGAAACGGGGAGAGAGAAAAGCAGCGGCUACAUUUGACGAGAGACGCGCCUCACUCGAGCCUGAGGAAAGAGACGACGCCACGCCAGCCCCCGCCAUGGCCGAGACGAAGGACACACAUGAGGAGCAUGACUUAGCACCUGACAACGUAGAUGAUUCUAACCAUGACCCUCAGUUUGAGCCCAUAGUUUCUCUUCCUGAGCAAGAGAUCAAAACUCUUGAAGAAGAUGAGGAAGAACUCUUUAAGAUGCGAGCAAAACUCUUCCGCUUUGCAUCGGAAAACGAUCUUCCCGAAUGGAAAGAACGAGGCACUGGUGAUGUAAAGCUUCUGAAGCACAAAGAGAAGGGGACCAUUCGUCUCUUGAUGAGGAGAGAUAAAACCCUAAAAAUCUGUGCAAAUCAUUACAUUACACCUGUAAUGGAGCUGAAGCCCAAUGCAGGAAGUGACAGGGCAUGGGUGUGGAAUACACAUGCUGAUUUCGCAGAUGAGAGUCCUAAGCCAGAACUUCUGGCAAUUCGGUUUUUAAAUGCAGAAAAUGCACAGAAAUUCAAGGCAAAAUUUGAAGAAUGUAGAAAUGAGGUUGACAAGGGAAAGAAAGUGUACAUAGGACCAAGAGACAUGGACAGCGAGGGAGCUACUAAAGUGACCUGCAACACCUGUGCCAUGUCUGUCUUCAUGCCUGAGAAUGUGGAAAACUACACCUGCAAGGAGUGCAAGCGGAUUCCCUUGCUGAAAGAGAAGAUAGAGCAACUUGAGACCCGCCUAGCCACACUUCAAGCUACUGGGCAAGCAGGAACAGAAAAAAAUGAUAGUGCUGAUAAAGUUGCCGAGAAACUAGAAGAACUUUCUGUAAAGGAGGAGAUCAAAGAAUCGGAGAAAGAAGUCAAGGAGAAAACUGAAGAAAAGCAAUAAAUCAUCUUGGGCCUUGUGUUUUAUUUUUUUCUUAAUUUUUUAAUUUUUACAAGGGACUUUAUAAAGAACUGUAUUACAACAUUCACUUUUUUUCCUAACUUUUUGCCCUUUUUGAAGAGAUCUUCAGAAAAAAUCCAUUCCCCAGUCAUGAAAAUGUACUGUGCUAAACUUUCUUUUCCAUAGUGGAAACACUUAUUUAUAGUCAUCCAAGAGAGUGAAUAAAAGUUUGAAAAUGGUGUCAAAGGACAGAACUGAAUUUUCUGUAUGCUUCAGAUGUGUGGCUGCAAUUAUUACCUUGGGUUAUAUUUUUCAGUGCAUAACUUUAGAUGAGAUGUAGUAUAACUGAAUUAUACCAGUAGAAAAAGUGCAGGUAAUAAAGAUGUUUCUCAUAUACUGUGACUGAAAGCUGUUAAUGAAUGAAACAAGAUACUCUAUAUUUUCCUUGUAAGUGGGGUUUGAGUGAACGUACGUGUUUCGUGAAACUUUGUUACGGAAAAUGGCGUACCCGUUAGAAUAUAAUGUCAUAAUCCUCCAAUGGAUUUCAGCAUACUUAUGGUUUCUAAUCGUCCUUUGUAGUUGACCGAGCAUGGCAGAACAUACGUUCUGAAUUUGCCAUGGCUGAAAGUGAUGCUGGUUGGCAACAAUGAAGCUUAAGACCUUACUAUAUUUCAAAUAUUUCUCCACGCAGAACAAGAAUGUGCUGUCUGGAAAGCUUUAUGAUUGCUCGCAGUUUGCGGAAUAGAUGGGACACGAAGCCCAGUUCACUAUGAUCUCUUUAAAUCUUCAGUUUAGCUAUCCAUUUAACACAAGUAUUAAGAUUAAUGUAUUACAUAUCCUGUUAUUUGUUGCUGUCUUAAUGAUAGCAUACCCUAGUGCUUUUUGCAGGUGGGGGAAUUGACUUAAUCUUAAUGGGGCUUCAGGCUGUGGGAAAGUUGAAUAUCUCUUAGCAUCCUUGGGGGGGAAAGCAUCAACAUUUAAGGACUCCGCAUCACUCAUAGGGAUAGAACCUCGGGCAGAUUUAAUGUUAAACUUCAAUGCCAUGUACCUAAACUAAAAUGUUCUACCGCUUGUUCUGCCACUGAUAAUAAAAAUUGGUUAUCUUGCAGGAUUUGCUGCAAGGAUAGUCUUAUGUGGAAGCUUACCGUAUUUCCACACGGAAGUCCUUUUCGAUCUCUACGUAAGGAACAGCCAAGGGUGUUUGCGACUGACUGCAUUUGGCACACAAGUUUACACUUCUUCCGCAAAAUAGGCAAUGAUUGCUGACAAUGCCAAUGAUAUUCCUGUAUCCCAGUCUUUGUUGCACAAGUGUGUGUGUCUGGAUUGGGGUUUGUCUCAGUCCAAGUCCAUUUUUUAUACAUUUAUACUGUCCCACUUCUGUUAACUGUGUGGGUCUCCUCAAAACACAUAGAUUGUCUAACGUACUUGAGAGGUGAGAAUAACUGAUGCAGUCUUUAAAGGUCUGAGCCUCCCAUGUACACAUCGACUGUAUAUUGAGUGUGCAUGUGUGUAGAUGUGAAACGUUGCUUUUCCUAUUCGUAAUGGUAUGCACAACACUUUGAAUGCAAGCCUUUUCACGUGAAACUGGGUGGUGAAAGCUUUCACUGAAUAUAAUGGAUUUAGAAUGCGUCCUCUUGUCUUUACCUAGAAUUAUAAAUAUUUCCUUGAUUUUCUGUUUCCAACAAUUGUUUUGGAUUUCAAUUCUAUGAUUAUUCCCCCCCCCCCCGUUCUUUGUGCAUACUGUAAGCUGCGUAGCAUUUUGCCCUUGUCAUGUUUGAUUCUUAUGGCUGAGUCUGUCAAGACUGCUAGAAUUUCUUCGGACUUUUCUAUGUGGGGUGGGAAUAAGACCUGCAGAAAUACCUCAACAAAUCCCUUAUUAAGGACUCUUGCCAGUAUAUAUGAUAGUAAUGCAUUUGAAGGUUAAAAGGGCAUUGUCUAUUGCUCUUCAGAUCCUCCCAUCUGUAAAAGUCACCAUAAGUGGAUUCUGAUUUUAUCUUGUCAAAGGGAGAAAUUUUGCUCACCAAACUAACUUCAAAAUAAAUUUAACUGUAAUCAUCA